AUGCCCCGCGACUGGGAGGACGGGACGUCCCGGCCCAAGAGGCGUGCGGAGGAUCGCCGUGACGCCCCUCGCCCUUCCCCCGACGCCCUCCGCCGCGAGCUCCGCGAGCUCCGCGAGGGCCGCCGGGACGACCGCCGCUCCCCGGCUCGCCGCGAUGCUCGGGGCCGCUCCCGCUCUCCUCGCCCUGCCACCUCGGGGGAUUGGAGGCCGCGCCGCCGCUCGCCAUCUCCGGUGCCUCGUCGGGGCCGCAGCCCGUCCCCGGCUCGUGCUGCUCGCCCCCCGUCCCCCCGUGUCCAAGCUCCUCCCUCCGUGCCGGCUACUCGAAAAUAUGUUCCGCCCCAUGCCUCCGGCCCCUCGGUCCCUGCCACGGCUGCCACCUCGGGCGGCGCUCCCUCUCGCGGCCGCCAAGGCCCUGCCAAGAAGAAGAAGCGCCGCGGCCAGGGCCGUGGCAACCCGGCCGCCCCCCCUUCCUCGGCCUCGGGCGCCUCCGCCCCCCGGGCCCCGUCUCCAACCUCCCUCGCCCCCCGUGCUUCAACUGCGGGGUGGCGGGACACUCGCAAGUCAACUGUGCCAACCCUCAGUGCUGUUACAUCUGCACGGACCUCGGGCACCCCGCUCUCUUGUGCCCGGAUCAUCCCGUGA